AUGUUCGCCGGCGGUGCCGACGGCAACGGUCACCUGCCGCGCCCGCGCAGGCCGCGGCGCGUCGGCGGCAUGGGUGCCCCUCCGGACCAGGCCGGCUCGGCGCCGCCGCAUCCCGCGCCGCCGCCCUGCACCGACUACGACAUGGCCUACUUCAAGGCCUACUCCCACCUCGGCGUCCACGAGGAAAUGCUCAAGGAUCAUGUGAGGACUAAUACUUACAGAAAUGCUAUCAUGCAUCACAGAGAUUUAAUUUCAGGCAAGGUUGUGUUGGAUGUUGGCUGUGGCACUGGUGUUCUUUCUAUAUUUUGUGCAUUUGCUGGUGCCACUCGGGUCUAUGCAGUUGAUGCAAGUGAUAUUGCGUUACAGGCAGUGGAAAUUGUGAGAGAAAAUGAGCUGUCUGAUAAAGUCAUUGUUUUGCAUGGCCGAAUUGAGGAUGUCGAGAUUGAAGAAAAGGUUGAUGUCAUCAUAUCUGAAUGGAUGGGUUACAUGCUUCUCUAUGAGAGUAUGCUGGGGAGUGUAAUUUUUGCUAGGGAUAAAUGGCUAAAGCCAGGGGGUCUUAUUCUUCCAUCUCAUGCAUCGCUUUAUCUUGCACCUAUUACAAAUUCGCGAAGAUAUCAGGAUAGUAUUUACUUCUGGCGAGAUGUCUAUGGUAUUAAAAUGUCUUCUAUGAUGCCUCUUGCAAAACAAUGUGCAUUCAUGGAGCCAUCUGUUGAGACGAUUAGUGGAGAGAAUGUUUUGACAUGGCCAGCAGUGGUGGCACAAGUGGAUUGCUAUACAAUUCAAGCUCCAGACCUUGAAACGGUUACUGCUGCAUUUAAGUUUACAUCGAUGUUGCAAGCUCCAUUGCAUGGAUUUGCAUUUUGGUUCGAUGUUGAGUUUAACGGACCAGUUCGCCAGAAAGUCAAGAAGCAAGCAAGCCAACCCUUGGAUGUGGACAUGCAAAAUUCUAGCCCAAGCAGCAAAAAGAAAAAACAAGAUAUGUCCAUUGUUCUGUCAACUGCCCCAGAGGAUGCGCCUACUCAUUGGCAGCAGACUCUAUUGUACUUAUUUGAACCUAUCGAGCUAAAGAAAGACCAGAUUAUGGAAGGUUCUGUUACCAUAUCUCAGAGCCAGCAACAUGCCCGCUUCCUCAAUAUCUGCUUGAAAUAUUUUACUGGAGAACAAUGGUACGUCAAAGAAUCGGUUAUGCGAUAGCAUGUAAAACUACAACAGAAUAAUGGUUCGCAGAUAGGCACAGAUCGAUUGUCCCCAUUCAUCAUGAACCGUAUUGGUCAUUGCACUUUUCGAGCAUUCUGACUGAAGCGGGAUGUCAUGGUGGCAAAUAGAUCAACAAAUACGACCAUUUAGUUUUUGUUUGGAAAGCUUGAGUUUCUUUAGGACAUGGAGAAAUCCCACCAGAACUCCAACAAAAUCCAUUACUCCAAACCAGGACUUAGAUUUUCAUUGUUCGCAGUUGAGCUUGAGUAGUUCAGUAGUCUAAUGAUCAUGUGUAUCUGAUUGAUGAAAGAAGCAUUUAGAAAUUUAAUAAUUACAUGCUGGCCAAGGUAGUAUAGGACAGCUUGUCUUAGCUCCUCUGAUUAGUGCCUUUUUACACUAGAUAGCAAUGCAGAUUGCUUCCAUUGUUUGUAAGAACAUAACAUUCAUCUGGCCCUUGAGAGGUUGUAAUAAUAACUCGAAGAUUUCUCCUUC